UGACUCUUUGCAAAUAUACUGUAACCAUUGCCACUUCCAUUCUUUGCAGUGAUUGCGCUUCUUCCGCCAUGGAAGCUUCACCAGGUUUCUCUCAACCUCCACCAUCGCCCAAAUUCCAUCCUGAUACCGAGAAAAUCAAGCGCAAGCUCCUAAAAGAUGGAGUUUUCCCCACGCCCAGAAUUGUCCAUAACAUCCGCAAGAAAGCCAUCCAGAAGCACGACCGCAGGCAAGACCGCCUCGCCAAACGGGCCCAAAGCACGCCCUUUUCCGAGACCCAGAAACAAGCGAUGGCCGAGGAGUCGGACUUCCAGAGUUUGAGACGAGAGUACAGAGAAUUCAAUAAGGCCGUAAGGUCGAGGAGCGAGAAGAGCGACGGAGGGUUGAUGGUGGGUGUGCCAUGGGAGAGGAUAGAGAGGGUCAGGCUAAGGGAGAUUGCUCGUGGGAGUGAAGGGUCUGGUGGGGAUAAGCUCAAGAGAGAGAGUUUGACGGAGCUUGGUGAAAUGUUUGAGGAGAGGAGGAGAGAGGAGUUGCAGUGGGUUCUGGAUGAUGACAUAGAGUUGGAGGGGAUUGUGUUGGAGAGUGAAGGUUCCCGGUGGGACCCAGAGAAGAGGAGGACCAGGACUGAGGAUGAGGCGAUUGGUUUUCUUGUCAAAAGGUUAGGUGCCAAGGAGAUUGAAUGGAAGGAUUGGAAAUUCUCAAGGAUGAUGAAGCUAUCGGGAUUGCAGUUCACGGAAAAGCAGUUGCUCAAUAUUUUGCGCGGGCUUGGAAAUGAUGGGCAUUGGAAACAGGCAAUGGCGGUUGUUGAAUGGGUGUAUCAUGAUAAAGAACGAAGAUGUUGGAGGAGCAGAUUUGUCUACACAAAACUCCUGGCAGUUCUUGGAAAUGCAAGGAGGCCCCAGGAAGCUCUCCAUUUCUUCAAUCUGAUGCGUGAAGAUUUUCAUCUAUAUCCCGAUAUGGCCGCAUACCAUAGCAUUGCUGUAACCCUUGGCCAAACUGGUCUUGUGAGAGAAUUGAUGAACAUUGUCGAGUGCAUGAGGCAGAAGCCUUUAAAGAUAAUUAAAAAUGGGCGCCGGAAGAAUUGGGAUCCAGUCCUUGAACCUGAUUUAGUUGUGUAUAAUGCUGUGCUGAAUGCCUGUGUUCCAUCUCACCAGUGGAAGGGUGUUUCCUGGGUGUUUGAACAGUUAAGAAAGAGUGGACUGAAACCCAAUGGAGCAACAUAUGGACUGGCAAUGGAGGUAAUGCUUCAAUGUGGAAAGUAUGACCUUGUCCAUGAUUUGUUCCGGAAAAUGAAGAGAAGUAGGGAAGCCCUUAGGGCUAUUUCUUAUAAAGUCCUUGUCAGAACCUUUUGGGAGGAAGGUAAAAUUGAUGAAGCGGUAGAAGCUGUCAGAGAGAUGGAAUGCAGGGGAGUGGUCGGAAAGGCUGGUGUUUAUUACGAAUUGGCCUGCUGCCUCUGUAACAGUGGAAGAUGGCAAGAGGCUAUAAUGGAGGUUGAGAAGCUGAGGAAGCUUCCUGAUGCUAAACCGAUGGAAAUAGCCUUCACUGGGAUGAUAAUGUCUGCAAUGGAAGGUGGACAUAUCAAUGAUUGCCUGUCCAUUUUUAAUCAGAUGAGAGGUCUUUGUGCUCCUAAUAUUGGGACCAUAAACAUCAUGCUAAAGGUUUUUGGUAAGAAUGAUAUGUUUUCUAAUGCCAAAGAAUUGUUUGAGGAAGUUAAGGGAACCAGAUAUAUUUCCACUAAGUGCCAGGAUGGUGGCAAUACAUUGGUUCCUGAUGAGUACACAUUUGGCUCGAUGCUCGAGGCAUCCGCUAGUGCUCUUCAGUGGGAAUACUUUGAAUAUGUUUACAAGGAAAUGUCACUCUCGGGGUAUCAGCUAGACCAAAACAAGCACACUUCACUGCUUGUGGCAGCAUCCAGAGCUGGAAAGGGCCAUCUACUUGAGCAUGCGUUUGAUGCUAUUCUAGAAAGCGGCGAAGUGCCUCACCCGCUUUUCUUUGUUGAGAUGGUUUUCCAAGCUGCAAUUCAACAUCAGUAUGAAAGAGCAGUCACCAUCGUUGCUGCUAUGACUCAUGUGUCCUUUCAGCUUAGUGAAAAGCAAUGGACGGACCAUUUCGUGGAAAAUGCAGACAGGGUUGAAAACCACUGUUUGCAGGACCUUCUGAGUGCUCUCGAAGAAAGCCAUGUAAUGACAGAAGGAUCUUUUAAAAACUUACUGACAUCACUGCGCUCUCUCUGUGAAUCUGCAUCCGCGGUAUCAAGAGAUAUCUCAGAUUUGGGUGUUUCUCUGCCAGGACGGAGAACUGAGUAUCUUUCAGGAGGUCAUGAGGAAGUGAAAACUGAACAGACUAAUCGGCUGAAGGUUACUGCAAAUGUUGCCUCUUCUAUGCAUAACUCUACUAACCGAACCAGCAGCGACAUGGAAGGAGACAAGCCUCAGGGAGAGACUACUCGUAGGUUUGGGAAUUCUCCAUGUUGGAAAGACGGAAGAAAUGACCUUGAUAACGAUGCGUCGGCAAAUGACAUGGCGAGCAGCGAAUCCACUAGUCUGGACAGUGUUCUUUCGAGCUUUAAUUCGGAUGGGAGCUUAAAAGAGUUUGACGAAGACGGUCCCCACAUGCCAACCGAGGAUUCCGAACCAAAGUUGCCGACAGCACACGAGAUUCUGAAAUCGUGGAAACUGAGCAGACAAAAAGAUGGUAUAUACUUCCCUUUUCAACUUGGCAAGAAACAAGUACAUGUUGCUUCAAACCUUGGUGACUGCCAAAGUGCGGAUACGUGAUGUUCGAUUACCGUAGUGGUAGAAGUAUGUGAAGUCCCUUGUCCGUCGUACGGUACAAGGUAGACAAGUCAAUUGUUUUGACAUGAAUCGUUUAUUCACAUCUA